CCGACCACGAUGUUUAGAAAUGCAACUGCGAAGAUGGCCCAUAGCUCGACGAUCCCUGUUCCUGCGUUGAUAGGAAAUGAGGAGCUUAGGCCUCUGCAAGAUUUGAUUGCAGCAGAGAAGACGGUGCUGGCUUCGUGAGUCCACCUAGCGUUUGACACAGCUAUCAAUGAAACCUCGAGGUAGACUACAAAGGCUGAGCUCGGAUUUUUCGAAAGCUGCUGAUGCCAUGAGGACAUGGGCAAUUUCUGAAGGAGAUGAUCUUUCUGAUAUACUGAAUUCUUCCAGAACACUCCUGGCGCACUUCUCUGGCGCGCUCAGCCGCUACAGCUCUAUUCAAAACAUCGUUCGAGACAACAUGAAGGCCGUGCGCACGCGUGAAGAAUCCCUUGAUGAGCUUCAAAGGCGCCGGCGGCGUACUGCAGCCUCCGUAGAGAGCAUCAAGAAAAAGCUCACUCGGAUGAACCAGGAGACCAAGGCAUUCGGUGCACAGAUGGACGCACUGAAUACUUCAUGCGAAGACAUGCGAAAUUUGGAUGUAAAAAUCGCGCACGAACGAUCGAUGAUCGUCGUUUUCAAACGUAAAUGCACAAAAAAUUGGCUGACACUAAAGUUUGGAGGUCUUGCAGAGUGCUGUGAGAAGGGCAUGAUUGUAGGGGAGAUCGGGAAGCGAAUGGUAGUCGUGGGUAAUGCUCUAUUACUUACCAGUGCUCAGUUUCCUAAGAGCCGGGACUCGUCAGGAACUUUCGGAGUCACCCAAACAUCCAUAUGUAGGGCACAAGCACAUGACCUCGUUACUAUCUGAAGCCCAGCAUCACAUUAUGCAAGUCGUAUUUUCUGGAACGCCAUCCAGUUACGAGACGCACGAAACUCCGCUCCCACCGACUUCCCGAAGUCGUCCGAAUUGCUUCAAAGAUCUUCCAGAGAUUCGUGACGAGCCCUUUGCCAUCGAUUAUCUCCCGUCUAACAGCAACCGAUCCUCGGUUGACAAUGAUAUGAUGUCAGCUCCUGUGCAUAUCGUAUGUCCUUAUGAUCAAUCUUAUCAGGAGCUAAUGGAAACUUUGAGAAUAGCUUUCUGUAAUUGGCCCGUCAACGACUUCCACACCAGAUUACGGCUGUCAGGCAGAGUUAUCUCCGCUAUGUUCUGAGCUAUGUUCAGCUUCGUCUAGCCGUAGAAGGGUAAGAGGGAAUUCUGGCAAUAGAAGCUACUCCACUUUGGCGCGGAGUAGAUCUGCUACCUUUAGACUCGAAAGCAUCGCGGAAGGUGAUG